GCAGCAUUUUGAAACCCAGCUGAUCAGAGCUGUGGUAUUCUGCGACAGAGGCAGGGGGAGAGGGAGCGUGACUGGAAAAAAGAAAAGAGAAUAGAAAAGAAAGCAGCUGCAGUCUAUGAUUUUAAGACGGAGAAAAUUCGAACAGAAGAGUGGAAAAGAAAUGUGUCCUUCCUUUCAUGGGAACCUGGAAACUCAUGUGAAGAGAGAGGCUCUGUGGAAAGAUGUGAGAGCUGUUGGCAGGGUGGAAAUCUGAGAGAGAACCACACAGAGAGGGAUCAGAGAGGAUCUGGAAACCAGUCCAGAGUGUCCUUUGAGUCGAAAGAGGGUUGAAGAACCCCCGUGGAAACAGGAGUGAUGUCUUGGCUGUCACCCGUGUCAUGGGCCAAAUGGACGUGGACGGCGGUGCGAGGGGGAGAGGAGGAUGAAGAGGGGCAGGAGGCCAGCGAGGAGAGGGAGCAACGUGGAGAGAGUAGAGAGGAGGAGGAGGAGGAGGAGGAGGAGGAGAGAUCUCAAGGCUGCAGCUCUGACUCAGAGGGUCAUUUUGACACUCCUGAGGCAGCAACUCCUGUCCGCGCCCCUCCGACCUUCCCAGGAGAGCUGGAGAACAACAAUACUGAUGCAGACAAAACAGAUGUGGAUCAGGAGGAGCAGCUGAUAGUGACUGCGCCUGUUUGGGAUCAGGAUAUUUUGCUCGGCCACAACAUGGGACAGGAUGAGCCUGUGGCCCCCAUGGGUGGCCCACUGGAAGUAAACAUCAGGACCAUGGAAGAAGAACAAACAGAAACAGAGAAGCCUCCAGAAGCCCUGGGCUCUGUGCCUGUCCCCGCUGCUGUAAUGGAAGCGCCUGAAGUGACUAAAUGCACAGAACCAUCCCCUGAGCCACCUCAAGCCCCAGAUCUGGUUGCGGAUCCUGUCCCAAAUAUGGCUCCAGCUCCAGCUCCAGCUCCAGCUCCUGCUCCUGCUCCUGCUCCUGCUCCUGCUCCUGCUCCUGCUCCUGCUCCAACCCUAGAACCAGACUCAGUCUCCAUCAGCGAACCUACAGUCAGCCCAGCUCCAGAGCCCUCUGAGCAGAAACCAGAACCACAGUACAAUGGCCUCGACCAGGCAGAGCCUACUAAAAAGACUAAAACCAGCAAGUCUAAACCUCCCCCCUUGAAGGUAGAGGCCUCACUAAAUGAGCUCGCACAAACAAAUAAGGAAGAGGAACUUCCUGUUCCCAAGGCCACUUACAACUUUGACCCCAACAAGCUGGAUGACAGCUUUAACCCCUUCACCUGUGGCGGAUCCAAAAUCCAGAACUCUCCUCCACCAUUUGGUGCAAACUCUCUGCCCAGACUUGAGCCACUCGGUGGCUCCCUACCUGUGUGUGAGGCAAGCUUAGCAGCUCCAGCAGAGGCAGAUGUGAUGGAGCCAUCAUCAGAGGCUAAGCCUGUGAUGCUGGAGUUUGGUCUAGACGAGGGGACAGUCAGCAAGCCACCUCCAAGGAAAUUAGGUGGCAAAAAAACAAUCAGCAAACUCACAGCUAAGAAGCAGAAGGCUAAAGCAUCAGGGGCUUCCUGCAAACCAGAACCCACAGUGUCAGAAACAGAUUCCCAACCAGCCCCAGAACCAGUUUCAGAUCCUCUUCCAGAAACUGCUUUGCCAGUUUCAGACUCUACCGCUCCUCUGAACAUUGACGAUAUUCCUAUUCCUAAAACGGGAACAUAUAACUUUGAUCCCAGUCAGUGGGACGACCCAAACUUCAAUCCGUUUGGUAGCAAUAGCAAGAUGAGCGGCUCCCCGGUGCUCCCCAAGAAAUCCUACAGUUUUGACCCAGACAAUUUUGAUGACUCCAUGGACCCUUUCAAACCCUCUAAAACCUUAAGCACAGAGGACUCGUCCAGUAGCCCGCCUCAGCCAGAGAAAAAAGUGAAAGACGGAGGCAAACAGAAAGCAGCACAGCCAGCAGGGGAGAAGAAAGUGAGGCAGAUUCCCAAGAAAAGCAAAGAGAGAACAAUCACCUCCAGGACAUCUGAACAAGCCAAGUUUCUCUGUUUUCUGUUGAAUUCCUGUAAAGUUCAGAAAUAUGAUGAGAGCCAGUCCCUGGUGCUUGACGUGUGCAAUCAGGAGGAGGACGAGGUGGUGGCUCAGACCCCAGAGAUCUCUCAGCGAGUUCAUCACGCAACUGACGAGGAAAAGCUUGCCUCCACUGGCAUUAUGGGCCAGACAACAGAAAGCCAAGAGGAGAGGGAGGAGUCUGAAUGCAUCAAAGCACCUGUGAAGAGUCAGCCAGUCAGUGAUAUAUCUGUCAUGGAUGUUCCUGAGACGAAGAUUGCAGAUCACUUGGACGAGAAGGACACCUGCAGUCUGAAAGAUGAUAUCAGUGAGAUACCCAUGACAAACAACCAAACAACAAAGCUAACCAGCAUUGAGGUCCCAGACACAGCAGCGCUGUCCCAGGACAGCAUACCUCUGAGUGAGAUGGACAAGGCGGCAGUGCUCACUCUGAUCAGAGAGGAGAUCAUCACUAAAGAGAUCGAGGUCAAUGAGUGGAAGAGGAAGUAUGAGGAGAGCAGGACUGAGGUUAUGGAGAUGAGGAAAAUAGUUGCCGAGUAUGAGAAAACAGUUGCACAGAUGAUUGAGGAUGAGCAGCAGCAGAAGUCUCUGUCCUGCAGUAAGUCAGUCAGGCAGUUGACCCUAGAGAGGGAUCAGGCCAUUGCCGACCUCAACUCCGUGGAGCGCUCCUUCGCUGACCUCUUUAGGAGGUAUGAAAACAUGAAGGGAGUCCUGGAGGGCUUCAAGAAGAAUGAGGAGGUGCUGAAGAAGUGUGCGCAGGACUACCUGAUGAGGAUCAAGCAGGAGGAGCAGCGAUACCAAACCCUCAAGUUGCACGCUGAGGAGAAACUGGACAAGGCUAAUGAGGACAUAGCCCAGGUACGCGCCAAGGCAAAUGCGGAGAGUGUGGCACUGAGUGCCAGCCUGAGAAAGGAGCAGAUGAAGGUGGAGUCACUUGAAAGAGCUGUCCUUCAAAAGAAUCAAGAGAUCGAGGAGCUCACUAAGAUCUGUGACGAACUGAUCGCCAAACUGGGAACAGAAUAAGAGGCCUUUAAUCAAACUUCCACCACAAUAUUGAUGUAAAUACUGUACACGCUCACACUUCAGCACACAUCGACGGUUUCUUUCUCUCUGCUCGUACGUUUUUUGAGAAUUACAUUUGAAAUAUAGAACGUUUGCUCUUUUCAGACUGUAAUAUGAAACCAGAGCAAUAAUUAUUCAUAGUGUGAAUCAUGCUGUGGCAGUAGACAAAGCACAAUGUUAUCAUGUGGUGUGCGUACAUUAUUUUGAAGGCAAUUUAUUGAUCCUUGGUUAACCCUUAGUGACCCACCACAGACUAAUUUUUUGUCUCUUUUAUGCGGGGACUGGUAAUCUUAAGGGAAAAAUAACAUGUCGCCAGUAUGAUACAUAGAAGUGGUAUACAUCAUCUGAAACUGGGAACCUGAAGAUUAAAUUUGAGCUCUGUGAUUAUCCCUGAUGUCACAUUAGAUCAUUUUAAACACUGAGGCCAAGCUUUAGAAUAUUAUCUUAUUACAAUAAAACAGCUGCUAUGGGGGCUAACAUCACCAUACAUACCCAAUUUAUGCAAUUCCAAGACUGUUUAGGAACUAUGCACAAAUAUUUAAAUACACUUUUUUUUGUAAUGGGACAAAAUAAAAAUAUAUAUACUGCCUGCAAAAAAAUGCAUGGUUUAUGCCAAGAACUGCACGGGAUUUGCAUAAAGUGGGUGUGUCUAUAAAAGGGAGAUUUGUGGGUUUCCAUAGAACUUGUUUUCAUUCUGUUAUCUUGAAGUGAGGUCGUGUCAGUUUUUCCCUUGGCAAUCUUUUGCCAAUUUAACCCGUGUCCCAACAGGCCAUGGUUGGUUCGAAUGAAUGCGUUCUAAAUGAAGCGGUUCUCCAGUUUCACAUGAUACCACUUUCAUGCUGGCUUACAAAAUGAGCACGCUACGUCCUCUUACAGACAGUAAUGUUGGCUGAGAUUGCCGGCAUUCCUGCAGGUUUCUUAGAGUUAAAGGACUUACAGUAAAGGCUCAUUUUGUUUUUCAUAGCUGCAUCAGUUUUUAACUGUUGAUCACCUUCUUUGAAAUGUUUGUGUAAAAAUGCAUUCGUUCUAUUACAAAGAAUCUCUAUUACCAUCCUAAACAGCAUGUUUAACACAAAACUGUGGGAAUUACAGUGGGAACCAAGGGAACGACAACGUGGGCACACAGCAAAGAUCUUCUUUUAGCACAGUGCAUCUGCUCUGUAAUUAACUGUGUUGAUGAUACCGUGUUCAGAAAGGACAAAUCUCUCUAUUGAGUGCCUAAACUCAUCAUAGUGUAUGAGUUCCCCGGCUUAUAGAGUUUUCUUGCUGCCAUUUCUUUUGUUCUGUUUUCGAUCUCCUUUUAUCAGCAAAUGAACUGUAAGUAAUAUUACUUAAGUUGCCUUUGAGUUUGUCUGACAUGGUAACAUACAACAUACAAUGUGUAAUGGAAUCCUCAGUUAUGCAGUUUUAAGUUAAACCACAAAUUCAUUUACAUUUUGCCUACCAUCAAUCUCCUGGAUUGUUCAAUAUGAAGAGCACUUAAGAGAAUCUUAAAUUCUGUUCAGUAAUAUCUUAUUCAUUUGGUUUGACGGUGAUGGGUGGAAAUUAAAGUUUAGUUUAGUGAAACUUAAGUAGUAAAAACUUUGCUCUAAUUAUACUGUAAUACUAAACCACGUGCCAUGUUUAAUUUUCUCACUCUGCAUGUGAGUGCUGGGAAAAUGAGAAGCCCAUUCUAUCGUUACCAUGUAGGUAUUUUCAGACUGUAUUCAUAUUUUAUGUGUGAGCCCAAAUGCUGCUGGUGUGCCUUUAUUUUGUUUAGUUUGUAAAAAUCCUUCAUGCAGUUGUUUCCAAACUCUGUUGCCAAAGUGUACUGACUGUAUAUCUUUCCUGGACAGCAUUGAGCUUAAAAAAAAGGGUUUGCGGUUGCGGUGAAAGUCUGUGUUUUGGUGAGCACAAAGUUCAUCAUGUAAUAUGUCUUCAUCGCUAACAUCAGCAUUUUCUGUUCCGUUUGAACCUGAAGGAGCGCACAAGUGCAUUUGUGGUCAGAUGUGUUUCAGAUAUAUUAUAACGGACGGAUUCUUCUGUGAAAGCUUGGUUUCACAUCAGCACAAUCAAUUGCCAAAUGUCCUUGUAUGUAAAAUGACGUGAGUUUCAGUGACUCUGUGUCCUGCUGUUGUGGUGUUAUGUGAGUCUGAAGGUGCUUUUCGAUGCAAAUCCAUUGUUACAGUACAACAUGUGUAAAUUUUAUACUUUAUGAAAAGAAUAUUGUUGCUAAUGUUUGUAAAACUGAAGAAUUAAGUAUACACAGAUUGUAUGUUAACUGCUAUAUUUUGUGCAUUCCUGAAUAAAUGGUUAAGAUUUAA